AUGGAAUCCAUAGAUCGCGAGAAUCCCCCCAAGCCAUGCGACUACUUCGAUCUGAUAGGAGGCAGCGGGUCGGGUGGAUUAAUAGCGAUCAUGCUCGGGCGUCUGGAAAUGGAUAUCGACCAGUGCAUCCACGCCUACAAGCUACUAUCGCAGAACGUGUUCUCCCAGAAGAGACUCCUGCCAAUCGGUAGCAAUCUGCGCAGUCGCGCCAAAUACGAUGUCAAGAAGGUGGAGAUGGCGUUGCGGAAGAUCCUGCGGGAACUGAGUUACGAGAAGGAUGCUCUGCUGAGGGAAGAGGCUGGGUGCAAGGUAUUUGUCUGCGCCACCGACGAUACUAAUCGGAGACUGGUCCACUUGACAAGCUACCCGAGCAAAUACUGCUCGAAUGAGCUUUUCAAGUCCGCAAAGGUCUAUGAAGCCGGUGCGGCUUCUUUUGCUCACUCGCCGCUUUUCGACUCCGUUAAGAUCGGGCCCAGCGGGCGGCGGUUUCACGAUAGCAGUUUGGAAGCUAACAACCCGAUGAGAGAAGUGUGGAUCGAAGCGAGGGGCGUGUGGCCAGCGGGGGCCUUGGAGAACCAUUUAAAAUGCAUGGUGUCGAUCGGAACUGGGGAACCGUCGAUCAAGCGGUCUCGCCGACGACUGUUUGGCUUGGUCAAAGCGGCCGAUGUCGAUAUCGUGGACCCGGAAAUCGAUACGAAUCGGUUCAUUCAGGAACAUACCGAGCUGGAUGACGAGAAUCGGCUGUUCCGGUUCGAUGUUCCUAAUGGGCUGGGGGAGAUUGACCUGGAUAGUAUAGAAGAGAUGGAGACUAUCGUCGACGCGACUCACGAUUAUCUUGAGAAGGAGCUUGUAUAUAAGCAGAUACGGCGGUGUGGGAGGGCACUUAGUUGA